AUGGAUCGUUCAGUACUUGGCCUUGAUGAUGGUGUCGUCAUCAUACUCAGUCUGAAGCUCACCCCCUCUCAUAACCUUCAUCAUCACAUCCAUAAAAUCCCGCGGCUUUUCCUCAUCAUCAUCAUCAUCAUCAUCAUCAUAUUCCUUCUCCCGAUGCUCCGCAAGCCAUCCCCCGACCAGUCUCUCCAGCUCCCUCGCAUUUUCCCUCAUCCUCUUCUCGUGCCCCCCAAUAUCCAUCCACCCCAGAUAAGGCAAGGCAUCCGCCACCACAAACAUCCCCGCCAACUCAAACAAACUCCUCAUCAUCUCCCGGCACCGCCUAAUCUCCUCCCCACCACCAUUAAUUCCUGUGGCCAACCUCUUCCCAGCCACCAGCCUCAGCACCAUGUUCAGUGUCAGCUCCCCAACCCACUUCUUCAUGUCCACCAAAACCCAUCCCGACCCAUCCUUCCUCUCUUCCCACCUUCGGAACAGCUCGUUAACCGACAAAGCCGUCUCGGACGCGCGCACGUCUCGCUGCAUCUUGACCUGCCGAGCCGAGAGGAGCUCGGUCGAGACGAGCCUUCGCAUUUGGAUCCAGUGGGGGCCGUAGGGGGAGAAUCCGAAGGUGGCGAAGCCGCGGCUGAGGUGGCAGGCGGCCCGGAGGACGGGGCGGGAGGAUAUGGCGGAAUCGCAGGCGGUGAAGAGGUGUUUGGCGAGGUCCCGGCUGCUGACGACUAG